UAAGUUUCUCCCAGAUGUUCUUCAAUGCUGGAUCACGCAAGAGAAGAUACCUCUGCUUCUUGUCAAACAAGCUGCCUAGAAAAAAGGCGGUCAUGCCUCCAAACCCCUGUGCAACACGCUGGAACUCCUGGUUCUCUGCAGUGCAGUACCACGCACAGCACUUUGGACUGUACAAGGAGUUCAUAGAGAUGGAAAUCGAGGUGUGUAGCAGAAGUGCUCCACAGUCUGUGGAGAGACUCCACGAGAUGCUUCAAGACCAAGACCUAGCUCAGUCCCUGAAUGUCCAGAUCAACAUCAUGGCUGACAAGUGCAAACGCUUCCUAAGUCUUCUCGAUAUCUUCCAGAGCAGACGUCCUGUGACCACAAAGAUCUUCACUUAUCUGGAGGAUCUGCAGGUGGUCUUUGCUGCCAACAAAGAGCUGCAGUAUGAGGCGUGUGCCGAAUACUUUGAAGGGUUUAACUUACCUUACACCACAAAGACACAGAUCCUCUGCACAGUUGGUCAGGCAUAUGAAAACGCUGAAGAAAAGCUCACCAAGUACAUGUCACAUGGGCAGCCGGCCAUUGAGUUUCUCCAGGAGGUUAGGGUGUUUGACCCUCGCCACAUUGCAUUCCUAGAUGACUCCUGUAGCAAGCUACAAGGCCAUUCCAGGUUUCCACUGAAGUGCAGGAGCUUCGAACUCAUGUCAGGCAGCCUGGGUUGCACGGCCUAG